CAUUCACACACUCUUUUAACACUUCACACUGAACUCUCCGGCCAGUAACCAAACUCCACCGCCGAUGGCCGCCGUCAGCAUUGGCGGAGCAGCCAAGAACACCGCCAAACGCGGCAAGCAGAAGAACAAGAACCACCACACUCCGCCGCUCGAUCAACGAAACCUCCUCAGCCUCGUCACCUCCGCCACCUCACUCGCCCACUCCUUCCUCUCCCAAAACGACCUCCUCCUCCUCCCCUCCCAAACCCUAACCCUAGAGACCCUCCUCUCCUCCGCCUCCUCCGCCCUCUCCCCCCUCCUCGUCCACUCAUCUCCCCCGCCGCCGCAACCACCGCCGCCUCCUCCUCCUCAAGAAUGCUGGUUCCGCCGCUUCCUCUCCUCCUCCGCCGCCGGCGACUCGCCGUGGCGCCACGCUUUCCGCAUGUCCGAACACUCGUUCUCUAUCCUUCUCUCCAUCCUCUCCCCAUUUCUGAGCUCCGCAAUCCCUUCGAUUCCGCCCAACUACGCCCUCGCCGCCGCGAUUUACCGCCUCGCCCACGGCGCCACCUACAAGGCGGUCGGCCGGCGCUUCGGGAUGGACUCGGCGGAGGCCUGCCGGGCUUUCUACGCCGUCUGCAAGUGGGUGAAUGAUAAAUUAGGGAGCUUGUUUGAGCUCCGGUCCGAUAUGGCUCGGAUUGUUGGGGGUUUCGGGUGGAUUUCGCUGCCGAAUUGCUGUGGGGUGUUAGGGUUUGGGAGAUUUGGGGUUAGUGGUGAAAUGCUGGGGCCAAAUGGGUCGCUGUUGGUUCAGGCAUUGGUGGAUUCUGAAGGGAGGUUUCUGGAUGUUUCGGCUGGCUGGCCGAGCACAGUGAAACCGGAAGCGAUUUUCCGGCAGAGUAAGCUGUAUUUGGGUGUGGAGGAGUCCAGGGAGUUGUUGAAUGGUCCUGUUCAUGAGCUCAGUGAUGGCAAUGCGCUUCCUCAGUACAUAUUGGGGGAGUCUUGCUUUCCUCUGUUGCCUUGGCUUUUGACUCCGUAUGUGAGAUCAAAUGAGGAAGAGGAGAAGGCGUUUAACUCGGCGCAUGGUCGCGCAAUGGGGCUGGUUGGGACGGCAUUUGCGAGGGUGAGGGCUCGGUGGCAGCUGCUGAGUAGGGAGUGGAAGGAAGAGUGUGUGGAGUUUUUGCCGUUUGUGGUGGUUACUGGCUGUCUGCUGAAUAAUUUUCUGAUCAAGUGUAGUGAGCCGCUGCCGGAUGACAAUGUGGGGUGCUUGAGGGAGGAGGAGCUUCUUCAGGUGUUCGAAGGACUGGUGGAUGAGAGUGGCGAGAGGAUUAGGGAUGUGCUUGCCACGCACUUGAGCCGGGUAAGCCUAAGAAGAUGAACGUACACUACUGUUGCCUCCUGCUAUAUUAGAUUUGGAGAGAGUUUUUGUGUUUUGGAUCACCUUGAUUUGGUCUGCUUCCACUGCAUAUAUGUAUAUGACAUGCAUAUGUGAUUUUGAAUGUAAAUAGAGAAUGAGGAUCACUAAUGUCAAGGUUUCUUUUGUC